AUGACUUUCAAAAAUGACUCCUCAGUGACUGAAUUUCUUCUUGCUGGAUUAACAGACCGCCCAGAGCUCCAGCAACCCCUCUUUUUCCUGUUUCUGAUGAUCUACAUUGUCACUGUAGUGGGCAACCUUGGCUUGAUCAUUCUCAUCGGUCUCAACUCUCACCUCCACACCCCCAUGUACUACUUCCUCUUCAACCUAUCCUUCAUUGAUCUCUGUUACUCUUCUGUUUUCACCCCCAAGAUGCUGAUGAACUUUGAAUCAAUGGAGAACAUCAUCUCCUAUGACGGGUACAUGACACAGCUGUUUUUCUUUCUCUUUUUUGUCAUCUCAGAAUGCUACAUGUUGACCUCAAUGGCCUAUGACCGCUAUGUGGCCAUCUGUCAUCCAUUGCUGUAUAGGGUCACCAUGUCCCAUCAGGUCUGUUGCUUGCUAACUGUUGCUGCAUACAUGAUGGGAUUUGCUGGAGCCUCUGCUCACACAGGCUGCAUGCUUAGACUGACCUUCUGCCAUGUCAAUAUCAUCAACCAUUACCUGUGUGACAUUCUUCCUCUUCUCCAACUCUCUUGCACUAGCACCUAUGUCAAUGAGGUGGUAGUUUUGAUAGUCGUGGGAAUUAAUAUCACAGUACCCAGUUUUACCAUCCUGAUUUCUUAUGUCUUUAUCCUCACUAGCAUUCUUCAUAUCAGAUCUGCUCAAGGACGAUCAAAAGCCUUCAGUACUUGCAGCUCUCACAUCAUUGCUCUUUCUCUUUUUUUUGGGUCAGCAGCAUUCAUGUAUCUUAAAUAUUCUCCUGAAUCUAUGGACCUGGGAAAAAUUUCUUCAGUUUUCUAUACUAAUGUGGUACCCAUGCUCAAUCCUCUGAUCUACAGUUUGAGGAACAAGGAUAUCAAGGUUACACUGCAGAACACCCUGAUUAAAAUAUGGAGAAGAAACAUGCUGUAA